AGCAGUGGCAAUUUUAUAUUAGUCUUCAUUGACAGUUCAAAACGAAUAGACGUUUAGUAAAUUCUGAGGAUCUAACUAAAAAUAUUUCCUAAAUCGCUAUUCAUAUUUUGAAGCUGAAGUUCUUUGAGGACAUUUAUUAUUAUUAUAAAAAAUAUUAAUUUCCAUAAAACAAAAACGGAUUUUGUACAACAAAAUAAUUAUUAAUAUUUGAAUGAUUUAACAUAAACAUAAUAAAAAAGUAACGGAAUUUUUGAGAAAAAAACCGCUACUAGAAAAUUAAAAACAAAAUAAAAGUGUUAAAACAAAAAAAGAAAUUAAAAAGAAAAACCAAAAUAAGUGAAUAAAUAAAAUCACAAAACAAACUCUGAAAAUUACAAAAAUUUCAAUUAAAAAAACAAAGAAAAUUUCAAAAUCAAUAAAAUUUUGAAAUUUAACCCACGUCAUAAAAACGAACAAAUCUUGUUGGAAGUUUAUAUUGUUAAAUUAACUAACUGAACCUUGUGCUUUACUUUACUGGACCUACGGUAUAGCACUCUUUAGUUAGUUUUUUUCCUGCUUAAUACUACAACAAUAAAAAGUUAAACAACCCCCCAAAAAAAGCCCUAAAAGGACUUGGUUAACCAAUAACAACAGCAACAAGAAAUUUUAUAAAAGUCGCCUGAUUUUAAGGUUUCUUUCAAACUGUUGAAAUCCGAGAAUAAAAUUCAUUCUUUACAAACUGUUCACCAAACGCAACAACAUUCAGUCAAUAAUCAAAAUAACGUUAAUUCAUCAUCAUCGCCAUCAUUGCAAAAAUCUGCUAACAAAGGCAAAUCAGCAAAUCGUCGUAAAAAGAGACGUAAUAAACAGCAACGCAAUUCAACGCCCACGCAACAAGAUAUCCCCCAACAACAGCAACAACAAGAACAUAUCGUCGAAACUGAUCAGAUAGUAGUGGUUAAUAAGGAAACUGUAAAAAGUAACUCAAACCACAACGCAUUCAUCAACGCUAUAAAUUCUAAUUCUAUUGCAAAUUCAAACGCCCAUACUAACAAUCAAGAAAUCAACAAUAUGCCUGCCCGUUUUGCUGAUGGUGUUAUAAAUGAAAACGAGGGCCGUAAUGUUCCCCAUGACCUACAGGGACGUUUCGGUGCUCGUUCAAGCGGUGCCAUGACAACCAGUGAUGUUGCUAUUACUGGUUUCUCUGGCCGUUUGCCCGAAAGUUCCAACAUCGAAGAGUUCAAGAAGAAUCUGUUCGAAGGUGUCGAUAUGGUAAAUGAUGAUCCCAGAAGAUGGGAAAAGGGUUUGUACGGUUUACCCGAUCGUAUUGGUAAAAUCAAGGAUGAAGAUUUGGAACAUUUCGAUCAACAAUUCUUUAGUGUGCAUCAAAAGCAAGCCGAAUGUAUGGAUCCCCAAAUGAGAAUGUUAUUGGAGUGUACUUAUGAGGCUAUUAUAGAUUCCGGUGUAAAUCCUUCUGAAAUUAGAGGCUCCCGCACUGGUGUGUAUGUUGGUGUUUCGGCUUCGGAAACCGAACAAUACUGGACUGCCGAUCAAGAUCGUGUCAAUGGUUAUGGUUUGACUGGUUGCGCCAGAGCUAUGUUCGCCAAUCGUGUUUCCUACACUUUUGACUUUAAAGGACCCAGUUACAGUGUUGACACUGCUUGCUCCAGUUCUUUGUAUGCCUUGGAACAGGCCUUCUCUGAUAUGCGAGAUGGCAAAUGUGAUUCAGCUGUCGUUGCCGGUUUGGGUGUUAUUUUGAAACCCACCAUGUCUCUGCAAUUCAAGCGUCUUAACAUGUUGAGUCCUGAUGGCAUGUGCAAAGCCUUCGAUGAGUCUGGUAAUGGCUAUGUAAGAUCCGAUGGCUGUGUGGUCAUCUUCUUGCAAAAGGUCAGUCAAUCCAAACGUGUUUAUGCCACCGUCUUGAAUGUACGUACCAACACUGAUGGUUACAAAGAACAGGGUAUCACUUAUCCCGAUGGUAAGAUGCAAAAUCGUUUGAUUAGAGAAACCUAUGAAGAAAUCAACUUGGACCCCAACGAUGUCGUCUAUGUUGAAGCUCACGGUACUGGUACCAAAGUGGGUGACCCUCAAGAAGUCAACUCCAUUACCGACUUCUUCUGCAAGAACCGUAAGACUCCCUUGCUCAUUGGUUCAGUAAAAUCUAACAUGGGUCACUCUGAACCCGCAUCAGGUGUUUGCUCCAUUGCCAAGGUAUUGAUUGCCAUGGAAGAAGGUGUUAUUCCAGCCAAUUUACAUUACAAAAACCCCAAUCCUGAUCUAUACGGUUUAAUGGAUGGCCGUUUGAAGGUAGUUGACAAAAAUCUUCCCUGGGAAGGCGGUAUUGUUGGUAUCAACUCGUUCGGUUUUGGCGGUGCCAAUGCCCAUGUUAUCUUAAAAUCCAAUCCCAAACCCAAGGCCAUUACUCCCACUGUUGGACCUCCAAAGAUGGUCGUUUGCUCCGGUCGCACUUUUGAUGCUGUUCAAGAGCUUUUGGAAGAUGCUACUGCCCACAGAGAUGACGAUGAAUACUUGGCUUUGAUCAACGACAUCCACUCCAAGAACAUUCCUCUCCACUACUACCGUGGUUAUUGCGUCAUGGACACCAAGGGUUCCUUGCAACGUGAGGUUGUGGAGUUCAAUGAUGAAAACCGCCCCAUUUGGUACAUUUACUCCGGUAUGGGCAGUCAAUGGGCCAGUAUGGCUAAGGAUCUUAUGCAAUUCGAAGUUUUUGCCAAUUCUGUUCAUCGCUGCGCUGAAGCUUUAAGACCAGAAGGCAUUGACUUGGUCGAUGUUUUGACCAGAUCAACUGAACAAAGUUUCGAUAACAUUUUGAACUCUUUCAUUUCGAUUGCUGCCAUGCAGGUUGCUUUAACCGAUUUGCUUGCUUCUCUCAACAUCAAGCCUGAUGGCAUUGUUGGUCACUCCGUAGGUGAAUUGGGUUGUGCUUAUGCCGAUGGCUGCUUUACUCCAGAACAGACUGUUUUGGCUGCUUACUGGAGAGGUAAAAGCAUUCAAGAUACUAAAUUGCCCAGCGGCAAAAUGGCUGCUAUUGGUUUGGACUGGGAAGAAGCCCACAAACGUAUGCCUGCCGAUUGUUUCCCCGUCUGCCACAACAGUGGUGAUAACUGCACCAUUUCUGGUCCUGAUGCCUCGAUUGACGCUUUGGUAGCCCAACUCUCCUCUGAAGGUAUCUUUGCUAAGGCCGUCAAAUCAUCCGGUUAUGCUUUCCACAGCAAAUACAUUGCUGAUGCCGGACCAAAAUUGCGCAAGAGCUUGGAGAAAAUCAUUCCCAAUGCCAAGAACCGUACUAGCAGAUGGAUUAGUACCAGUAUUCCCGAAUCUGCCUGGAAUACCCCCGUAGCUAAACAAUCAUCGGCUGCUUAUCAUGUGAACAACUUACUUUCGCCUGUUUUGUUCCACGAGGCUUUGCAACAUAUUCCCAAGAAUGCUAUUGCUGUUGAAAUUGCUCCCACUGGUUUAUUGCAAGCCAUUCUCAAGAGAGCUUUGGGCCCCGAUGCCACCAAUGUCAGCUUGGUGAAACGUGGUCAUGAGAACAAUGUUGAAUUCUUGUUGAUGAACAUUGGUAAAAUCUAUGCUGCUGGUGCUCAACCUCAAGUUUUGACUUUGUUCAAACCCAUUACUUAUCCUGUUGGUCGUGGUACACCUAUGUUGAACUCCAAGGUUGGCUGGGAUCAUUCGCAAAAAUGGAUUGUUCCCAAAUACGGCAAAGAAACAACUUCUGGUGAAACCGUCAUCGAAAUCAAUUUGGGCAAAGAAGAGGACGCUUUCUUGGCUGGUCACACCAUUGAUGGUAGAAUUUUGUUCCCUGCUACUGGUUACAUGACUUUGGCCUGGAUGACCUUCGCCAAGAUGAAGGGUAUGGAAUAUCAAAAGUGCCCCGUCGUUAUGGAGAAUGUCGUAUUCCACAGAGCUACCAUUCUUAACAAGGAAGGUGUGGUCAAAUUCGGCCUGAACUUCUUCGAUGGCACUGGCAACUUUGAAAUCUGCGAGGGUGGCAGUUUAGCUGUUUCCGGUAAGAUUUCCAUUCCCGAUGAUAUUGAGAGAGAAGAAUUGCCUUUGGAUGCUUUGCCAGCCAGCACUUUGGGCAAAGAAUUGAACACUAACGAUGUGUACAAGGAGUUGAGACUUCGUGGCUAUGAUUACUCUGGCAUUUUCAGAGGUAUUGUUAAAUCCGAUACUGUUGCCAAUGCUGGUCAAUUGCAAUGGGUUGGCAACUGGAUCAGUUUCAUGGAUACCAUGCUACAAUUCAGCAUCUUGAGCAAGAACUUGAGAGAAUUAUACUUGCCUACUCGUAUUGAAAAGGCCGUCCUUAAUCCAGCCAAGCAUUUGGAAGAGAUGUCCAAACUAUCCGAAGAAUUCUUAACUCAGAAUGGUGUGCCCGUGUAUAUGUAUGGCGAUAUCAAUGUCAUCAAGAGUGCUGGUGUUGAAAUGAGAGGUUUGAAGGCCUCUUUGGCUUCCAAGAGACCUGGAACCCAAAAUCCACCCACUUUGGAACGUUACACCUUCGUGCCCAAUGUUAACCACGCUGAAUUGCACGAAAACUCUGAGAAAUCCCGCUUGCAAGCCUUGACUGUGGCUCUUCACACACUCAUUGAAAACUCUCAGGGUGCCAUUAAAAUCAAGGGUGUAGAAUUGGCUAAUGGCCGCAACCCCGAUGUCUUAUUGGCCGCUAAAUUGUUACAAAUUAUUGAGGGAGAACCCACUAUCACCGCCGAUGUCGCUGUAGCCACCUAUAACAACAACGAGGAGACUAUUGCCUCAGCUCUAGGUGCCGAAUCUGGUGUACGCAUUAUAUCCAAAAAUAUUCUUCAAGAACCGGUAGAGCAGAACUGUCAUUUCCUUUAUGCUUUGGAUGUUUUGUCGAGACCUGAUACCAUGAUUUUGGAGAACAGUAAAGCCACCAUUAAAGAUAACGGCUUCCUUAUCUUUGAAGAAUCUACAACAUCAUACGACAAGUCUGGCCGUGAAUUAUUAAAGAAAUCUGGUUUGACCGUUGUAACUGAACAAGUCAUUGGAGGCUCCAGAGUUUUAGUUAUGGCUCGUAAACCCGUCGACUUGAAACAAAGAGAAGCUGUCGUCGUACAAGUCACCGAAACCAACUUCAACUGGUUAGAUGACCUUAAAGAAGCCUUGGCUAAGGCCGCCGAAAUUGAACGUUACGUCUAUGUUGUGUGCCAAGGAGAAGAACUAUUCGGUGCUGUUGGUUUCAUGAACUGCAUUAAGAAUGAAAAUGGUGGAAAAUUGGCCCGCAUGGUCUUUAUUCAAGAUAAGAACGCUGAAAAGUUCUCGCUCACCAGCAAAUUCUAUGCCGAACAAUUGUCCAAGGAUCUUAUUAACAACGUUUUGAAGAACUCCACUUGGGGCACAUUCCGUCACUUGAAAUUGGAGACUGAUGUGGCCACUUUGCAAGUUGAGCAUGCUUAUGUCAAUGCCUUAACCAAGGGUGAUCUUGCUUCCUUGAAAUGGAUUGAAGCUCCUCAAAUGAACACCUCUUUGUUGGAUGAUAAUUCAGAAUUGUGCACUGUUUACUAUGCUCCCAUUAACUUCCGUGACGUCAUGUUGUCCUCUGGCAAACUUUCAGCUGAUGCUUUGCCCGGUGAUCUGGCCCAACAGGACUGCGUAUUAGGUUUGGAGUUUGCUGGUCGCGAUUCUAAGGGUCGCAGAAUUAUGGCUAUGGUACCCGCCAAAUCAAUGGCUACCACAUGUGUUGCCUCCAAGAACAUGAUGUGGGAGAUUCCCGACCACUGGACCAUGGAAGAAGCCUCUACUGUACCCUGUGUUUAUGCCACCGUCUACUACGCUUUGGUGGUGCGCGGUCAAAUGAAGAAGGGUGAAAAGAUCUUGAUUCACGCCGGCUCUGGUGGUGUUGGCCAAUCUGCCAUUUCCAUUGCUUUACAUCAUGGUUUGACUGUCUUCACCACUGUUGGCAGCAAGGAAAAGAGAGAAUUCUUGAAGAAACGUUUCCCUCAACUUAAGGACAGCCAUAUUGGCAACUCUCGUGACUGUUCCUUCGAACAAAUGAUUAUGCGUGAGACACAAGGACGUGGUGUAGAUUUAGUCUUGAACUCCUUGGCUGAAGAAAAACUUCAAGCUUCCGUACGCUGUUUGGGCUUGAAUGGCCGAUUCUUGGAAAUCGGUAAAUUCGAUUUGAGCAACAACUCACCUUUGGGCAUGUCCGUGUUCCUCAAGAACACCUCAUUCCAUGGUAUUCUCCUGGACAGUGUCAUGGAAGGUGAAGAAGCCAUGCAGAACCAAGUUGUCUCCUUAGUAGCUGAGGGUAUUAAAUCUGGUGCCGUCAGACCUUUGCCCACUUCAGUUUUCAACGAACACCAAGUUGAAUCCGCCUUCCGUUUCAUGGCUUCCGGCAAACACAUCGGCAAGGUUGUCGUUAAAGUCAGAGAUGAAGAGGAUGGUCGUAAAACUGUCAAACCUACAGCUCGUUUGGUUAAUGCUAUACCCCGUACCUACAUGCACCCCGAAAAGAGCUACAUCAUCGUUGGUGGUUUGGGCGGUUUUGGUCUUGAGCUGACCAACUGGUUGGUUUCCAGAGGUGCCAAAUAUCUAGUACUCACCUCCAGAUCCGGCGUUAAGACUGGUUAUCAAUCCCUUAUGAUCAGAAGAUGGCAAGAUAGAGGUGUCAAGGUUUUGGUUGACACUAGCGAUGUUACCAGCGCCAAGGGUUGCCAACAAUUGCUAGAGAAUGCCAACAAUUUGGCUUUAGUUGGUGGUAUCUUCAAUUUGGCUGCUGUACUCAGAGAUGCCUUGCUCGAAGAUCAAACUGUUAAGGACUUUGAAACUGUUUGCGAAUCAAAGGUACAAGGUACCAAAUACUUGGAUCAAUACUCCAGAAACAUGUGCUCCGAACUCGAUUACUUUGUUUGCUUCUCCAGUGUGUCCUGCGGUCGUGGUAACAUUGGUCAAACUAACUAUGGUCUCGCCAACUCCGCCAUGGAACGUAUCUGUGAGUUGAGACAAGCCAGCGGAUUCCCUGGUUUGGCCAUACAAUGGGGUGCUAUUGGUGACACUGGCUUGGUUAUUGAAAAUCUUGGUGACAAUGACACAGUUAUUGGUGGAACUUUGCCACAAAGAAUGUCCUCAUGCCUACAAACUAUUGAUUUCUUCCUGCAACAACCACACCCUGUCUUGGCCUCCAUGGUGGUAGCCGAGAAACGUAAAUCCGACCAAUCCGGUGGUGUUAGUUUAAUUGCCUGUGUUGCCAACAUUUUGGGCUUAAGAGACACCAAGAACGUACAAGAUUCUGCUUCUUUGGCCGAUUUGGGUAUGGACUCUUUGAUGGGCGCUGAAAUCAAACAAACACUUGAGCGUAACUUUGACAUUGUAAUGGCCCCCGCAGAAAUCAGACAAUUGACUUUCGGUCAAUUGAAACAACUAAGCGGUGGAGAAGGCAGUGAUGCUGCAGCUUCACCUGCAUCUCCUGUACACAGAACACCUAGCCCAAGUCCAUUUGGUGAUGGUACUCAAGUGGUAUUCACCACAGAACUUAUGCCCACUCAACCCAUUGUACGUCUACAAUCAGCUGCUCCUGCCGACUCUAAGAAACGUCCCUUCUUCGUGGUUUCUCCCAUUGAAGGUUUUGCCGAUGCUCUCAAGCAAUUGGCCUCCCGUUUGGACUGUCCUGUCUAUGGUCUGCAAUGCACUGCUGAAGCCAAUCUUGAAUCCAUCGAUACCUUGGCCGAUUUCUACUUGAAACAAAUCCGCACUGUCCAACCUAAGGGUCCCUAUGCUAUUGCUGGUUACUCCUUCGGUGCUUUAGUGGCCUUUGUUAUUGUUUUGCAUUUGGAGAAGAUGAAGGAAAAUGCCCAACUUGUUAUGUUGGACGGUGCUCCCAAAUAUGUCAACUGGUAUACCACCAACUUCAAGCAACGUUUGAAUACUUCCGAUGAUCAAAAUGAAGCUUAUGGUUUGGCCUACUUCGGCAUGGUUGUAGCCAACAUUGAUUACAGUUUGGUCGCCAAGGUGUUGUUGAACAUUCCCACAUGGGAAAGCAAGGUAGCUAAAUGUGCAGAAAUUGUUGCAGCCGAAAUUAACCAGCCCACAGAUUUGAUUGUACAAGCAGCUACAUCGUUCUACAAGAAAUUGUAUGCCGCCGACAAAUACGUGCCCUCCACCAAAGUAUCGUGUGAUGUUACUCUAGUCAAACCCACUGAAAACUAUGCCAAAUUAGAAGAAGACUAUGGUCUUAAUGAGGUCUGCCAGAAAUCUGUGAAUGUUUUGACCGUUGAAGGCAAUCACCGUACCUUCUUGGUGGAAGAGAAAUCAUUGCAAAAGAUUGAAAGCAUAUUGAAUAAUAUUAUCAAUUAAAUCUAAAUCAACAAAAACAAAGCCAACAAAAUUGGGAAAAUUUCUUUAUAGGAAAUUUUUUCUACAACCUCAAACUUAACGUUAGUUGUUCAUCAUUUAGCAAACAAAACGCACAUUUUAUUCAUACGUUCAUUUUAUCUUUCAUUUAAGGCAUAAACCAAAUUUUAGAAUAUUUGCAUUACCACACAUAAUAAUUAUGGGUAAUUUGCAAAUUGUUAACACAAACUAAAACAUAAACAAAACAACAUCACCUAUGUAUAAUUAUAUAAAAUAUUGUUAAAGGAAUCGUUCGUUAAAAUCGCAAGCAAACAAAAACAUAAACAAAAUGCACAUUAAAUGUUCAUUUCUAAUUUUUGUUUUUGGCACUUAAACACAAAUAUCUAUCUAUGUAUAUCUUACCCUAGUUUAGUAGUCUAACUUCCUUACUAUCUAAACUUUUCGUUUAAUUUAUUAACUACUCUGAUGUGUUCUUGUUUAGGUUGUAUUUCAUGUAGGUCCAAUUUUUGUUUACAACUUAAACGACAACUCAUCGGUGUUAGAUUUAAUAAAUGAAUUUAUAUUUUCAUUAUAAUAUAUACCGAUUUCUUGGUAUAUAAACUUUAACAAACACUACACAUUCCUUAAACAAUCUAACCACCAAACAAACAAACAAAAUCUACUAUACGUUUAAUAAUUUUAAGUUUUUUUUUAUAAUCUACCAAAUAAUUUAAAUUUAAUAUCGUUUUGUGAUUACUUUUAGUUGAUUUUUUUUAUAUUUUUAUAGUUUCUCAAAAAUCCUUACUAAUUUUAAGUUGUUUUUCUUUUUUAAUAUGUAUAAUAUUUUCUCCACAUUUUUGAUAUAUUUUUUUUAAGAAAUAUUAUUUGAAAAUGCAAACAAACAAAUUUCAACAUAAACAAAAUAAUAACAUAAUAAAUGUAUGUAUAUUUAGAUAUUUUGCACUAAAAAUUUUUAAAUUGAUAUUAUUAUAUAUUGUGAAAAAAUUAUGCAAAUAAGUGGAUAUAAUAAUAUACUAUAAUAUAUACGUUUAUGUAUGUAAAGAAAUAAUAUUCAAAAUUGAAUUUAUUAAAAGAAAAAAAAAAAAA